GAAUUGCCCAACCUUGAAACAAGCGCGUUUGUCAAGGUCCUUGCACUGUCAUUACGAAGCUUUCCAAUGCCUUUAGAACGCCUUGAAGAAGAGGGUCUUGAGAAGAUCCCAAACCUCAAACUAGCACAAUGGACUUUUCGUGCUGGAUUAGAAAAGACACCUGGACCAUUACGUAAGAAGCUGUUAGAGAAAAUUACCAAGUGUAUCCAAGAUGAUAAUAUGGCUCCAUAUUACGAAAUCGUGUGUAAAGAACUUAAUCUACCAGUCGAUCAACGAGUCUUGAAAUCCAUGCAGUCAGUAAAUGAAGCAAAGACUAAGGAGUUGGAUGCAAAGAUUAAAGAUGCAGAAGAGAAUCUAGGUGAUACAGAAAUCAGGACCGCAAUGAUGGAAAAAGCUCAUUAUCUUAGUAAAAUCGGUGACAAGGAAGGUGCCCUGUCACAAUUUCGACUGAUUUUAGAUAAAACUUUAAUGCCAGGCUUUCGAUUAGACACCAUUUUCCAUAUUAUUCGGAUUGGAUUCUUUUUUGGUGACAGAGAUUUGAUUACAAAGAAUAUAGAAAAAGCAAAUAGCCUAAUUGAAGAAGGUGGCGAUUGGGAUAGACGAAAUAGACUUAAAGUAUACCGUGGCUUAUACAGUAUGUCAGUUCGAGAUUUCGAUUCUGCUGCUAAAAAUUUCCUUGAUGCUGUCGCUACAUUUACAAGUUAUGAAUUGAUGGAUUAUAAAACAUUUAUCAUUUAUACAGUUAUGUCUGCAAUGAUUGCGCUUAAACGCCCGGAUCUUCGAGAGAAGGUUGUUCGUGGAUCAGAAAUCCAAGAAGUUUUGCAUGGAUUACCGACUGUACGUGAAUAUCUUAUGUCGUUAUUUGAUUGUCGUUACGCUGACUUCUUCCUUUCUCUUGCUGGAGUUGAACAAUUCAUAAGUUGUGAUCGUUAUUUACAUUUGCACACAAGUUAUUAUGUUCGUGAAAUGCGUAUUCAUGCAUUAUGUCAACAUUUGGAUUCAUACAGUAGUUUAAGCUUGGAUAGUAUGGCUGCAUCAUUUGGUGUAACUCCAGCAUUUUUAGAUGCUGAAUUAUCACGUUUCAUAGCUAGUGGUCGAUUGGCUUGCAAAAUGGAUAAAGUUUCAGGCAUUAUUGAAACAACACGCCCUGAUAAUGUGAACUUCCAAUAUCAGACUAUGAUCAAACAAGGUGACAUUCUGCUUAAUCGAAUUCAAAAACUCAGUCAAGUUAUCAAUAUCUAAUAAAAUACUGUUAUUAUAUAUAUAUAUAGAUUUUUUCUACCUAAAGUUGUUAUUUAACAUACCAUAGUAAUUCAGUAAUCAAGUUUUGUAUACAACAAUUGUUCUUGUUGUUGAAAAAAAUCGCUUUCUUUUCUACUCA